UCCAUGGAGCUUCACCUUUAUGCCCUUUUUAGGUACAUUUGUUUGCUUUAAGGUAUAAUGGGUUCCGAAAAUUAGGAAGAAAUUUUCCAUCCCUGUUACAAAACUGUCAUUUAUCUGUUUUAUCUGCAGGAACUUUUUUUGUUUAGAAAACGUAAAAUUGUAGAAAAUAUUUUGUUAAGCGAUAUUCGCCAGGUUGCAAUCAAAUAACGCUGAAUAAUUGGAUGGUUUGUGAUUGGUAAUAACAUCUUACAUAUUAAACAAUUAAAUAAAACUGCAUUAGCCGGCCAAGGAUUACCUGAAUAGUUUAUGGUUUGUCCGAAUUGCAAAGGUGUCUUUGUAUUUUGCAUUGUUUGCUAAUUCGCCCUAAGCUGGAAAAUUUGUAAAUAAUAUAAAAACCCACAGAAGAUGAUUCAUACUAAAAAGGGAUAGUGCACCGAACUAACUGAUAAAAAAUAAAAACAAAGAUUAAAUGGCAAUAUCGAACAAAACCCUAAAAUGGAUCUAGUGGAUAUAGAUCAAGUUUUAGAUAAUUUAGAAUUACGUGAGGCGGCAGACGAACACAACAGGUCUAUAUCAGCUGCAAGUGCGCCUACAACAAAAAACAAUGCAGAACUUACAAACCAUUAUCCAAGAGUAGGAAAUUUAAAUACUACAACCCACAAAAGUGGGUUUGUAGGCGUUUCCCAGGUAUUUAACAGUUUAGAUGAUUAUCAGAAAAAUGUUGAGUCGCUGGAAUCGGCGCCAGUGCAGCGUUAUGACGAAGAGUGUCGGCUAAUACCUGAAAAUGUGAGCACAACACCGGAAUUAGAUAGAAAUACAAAAAAGAGUAGUUUUGAUGAUGCUGUGACUCCAAAUGAACAAGUAACAACUCACACUUCUCAAAUAACAACGAAAAAUGAAACGGUUGAGAAUGUCAAAAGUGGUAGUAGUAUAACUGGAUCGCACAAUAAUGUAUACGAAGAAGAUGUCGUGGAUGAAGAAGAGGCCAGUGAUGAUUUACACAAGUUUACUGAAAAUUCUAAGCAUACACGGAAAAUUGGAUAUGAGAUGAAUGAAGCAGCUGACAACAGUCCACUUUCGUCAGAUUCAUUAACCACUUCAUCUUCGUCAACAUUUUCAUCAGGCCCAUCACCGGGAAUCGUUUCCACUACUGAUGAACAAUCUGCACCACUUUCACCUGAGGAAAUAAGCGAAGAUCGAGAUGCACUCUUGCCAGUACAUCCGUACGCUGCGGGUCCAGAUGAUGAAAAUUAUGAUGAAGAGGAGGCGGUGGCAAUGACCGAAGACGGGUUGGAGACAGAUGGUGAAGAACGGGAUCCAGUAAGUGCGCCACAAGCUGAAAGCACAGCUGGGCUAGAAGAUAUAGCUGCAGGCUUAUCGUCCAUAUCAUUGACAACCGGAAACUCGCAACUCAACUUACCGACUGCCUCGUCAGUAUUGCAAAAUGUGCUAGAAGAUUUGUCGGAGACUACAAGUAACUCACUUUUAAGUCAGCAGAUUGACGGAGCUCAGGAAAACAAGCUGUUGAAUAAGGAAUUACGGCUUAACUUCGAUUUAAACAAAAGCGAUCGAGCAAAUGUAAAAAAUGAGGAGGAUAUCACCGGUAAAAACUGCGAAGCUGUUGUGCCCCUAAAAAAACAGGAACCCAUAAAAGUGUUGCAGCAACCGAUUACCUUCGGUUCAACAAUGGACGAAAUUUCGGAUACGGAGCUGGACAGCAUGUUGCAAGAGAUGGACAUAGAUGAUGUCAGUGAGUUCGAUGCUAUGUCUAAGCUAAAUGUUACAAAUGCAUGUGGCUCACCACCUCCUCCGUUGUCAUCAACAACAGCCGCGAAAACAUUCGAAAGUGUAUCGACAGUUGCUUCAGCAAUUCCAAAACUAAAUAAUGCUGUAGUCGUCGACCGUAGGCCAAGCCCAGAGAGGAGAAAUGUACUCGACUGUGUGGAAAGCUACAGCGGCAAUGAUUGCGUAAAUGCAGACAGUUUUUCCCAGGCAUCGACGGUUGAAUUUUCGGAAAUACGCGCACAUUCUACAGAAGCAGCUCAGGCAGACACUGAUAUGUUACCAUCAUCCAAUUCCGUUGCAUCAUCAUACACUGGUUCAGAAUGUUCGCUGGAAGGUGGCGUGAUCGGGGGACAUCGGAUAAGUGAUGAAGAUGAGAUUGAAGAUGCGACAGUGGACCGUCGAAAAGCUUCAGCUGAAAAUGGAGACGAAGAGGACGGCAGCACAGAUGAAGACGCUAAAAGUGAUUCAGCGGCGCAACGGCCACAACGUCCGACAUCACUUAAUUUGCCUAUGUUGCAAUCUAACCUUUAUGAGAAUGCCGGCCAAACGCCUCCAGGCACGCAGUCGACUCAAAAUACAACACUUGGAACGGAAAAUGCUGAGUCGAAUGCGCCAAGUGCUGUUAGUUGCAAUUCUGCGCCAAAUAUAACACCAGAUGAUGCUGUUGCAACCAAUGGUGAAGUGGCUGAGGCAACUGGCUAUAGUGAUCCGUAUGCGAAUUUAGGCAAAGUGCCUCCUAUUUGGGUGCCAGAUAACAUGGCUGCCGGAUGCAUGCAGUGCCAUGCCAAAUUCACAAUGAUUAAACGUCGUCACCACUGUCGUGCUUGUGGUAAAGUACUCUGCUCCGUUUGUUGUUCACAAAAAUUCAAGUUGGAGUUCCUCAGCAACACCGCCGAAUCUCGUGUCUGUUUGCAGUGCUUUCUCAUACUUACACAAAGACAACAAGGCGCUGGCGCUAUAGGAAGCGAGGUGGUGGCAACUGAUAUGCAAGAUGAUGUUUUAGCAGCAGCUGUCAGUACAAAUUCCGCAACAAACACAACAGCAGGCGAAGUGCGCUCACCCAAUCCGAACAAUCCCAUGGAGUACUGCUCCACUAUACCGCCCUACAGGCAGGUGAGCACGCAAAAUACACAGCCACCAUCUGUAAUUGUGCCAGUGGGUGUACUCAAGAAAGAAGGUAGCAGUUAUUCGUCGAAUUCAUCGAAUGGCGCUGGGGAUGGCAACAAGAAAGGGCGCAAAAGAAAGAGUGUUAUGUUCAGUGAUGGCAUUGCACCCGGCAGCGAUUUGGCCAGCAUGGAACAUCAGUGGGCUGACGCGAAACAUGCGCGUCGUGGAUCGCAUCAACAGGGUGAUAAGACACGAAAUAGCAGCGGUGCAGUAAAUAAACCACCGACUCCUGUGCGUGCCCAACCAAGUGGUAGUAAUAGUGAUGCCUCAACAAUUGGGUUGGUGGCGUCGCUGUUUCGCGGUUCUUUACCACCACUGGCUGCAGCGGCUACAAUAUCAGCGGCUCAAGACGGCGCAGAUGAUCACGCUAAAUCAGCUGCGAGCAAAUCGAAAAGCGUCACGAAUAGCAGUAAGGUCCCAGAUGCUGUUUCAGCUAUGCGGUCAAAACGUUUACCUCCAUCUGGUAGCGAUGAAAAUGGCUGCUUCAUUCCGCCAGGUGACAACAACUCUUUGCCGCCAAUAUAUGUACGCAAAGAUGAAAACAGCUGUGAUUUUGAAUACAAAGAUGUUCUUAACAACCAAGAUCUCGUGGCACGUUUACAAAGCGAGACAAUCCGAUUCGCACUGGAAAAAAAUUUAUUCGUUGACGUGAAAAUAUUGAAUUUGAAAUGUUGCAUGAAUCGUACUGUUAUCAAUUUUACUACAUGUGGCUUGCAUCAUGUUGGCAAUGAUGAGCUCAUCAUUUUAUUGGAAUAUGAGCCACAAUCCACCCCGCCGGACAUAAGUAAAGACAAUGAGGUGAUGCCAAUACCAAAGGAUAUAUUUGUGCAUCUUUAUGAAAUAUAUCGCGAUGCUGAGUUGGGAAAUCCAAUCGCCGAAUUGUCUUACACCAGUCCACGAUCGAGCAAUUUUUUAGGCACCCGCGACUAUGGCGGCUUCAUAUUUAUACGCGCUACUUUUCAGUGUUUGCAGGAUGUUUUAUUGCCAGAGCAACCCUUUCUCAUUGGUAUACUCAUUCACCGCAACGAGGUGCCAUGGGCCAAAGUAUUUCCACUUCGUUUAAUGUUGCGAUUGGGCGCACAGUAUCGCUACUAUCCCUGCCCACACAUUUCUAUACGUAAUCGGGAAUCGGUUUAUGCUGAAAUAGCGCAGACAAUAAUCAAUUUCCUUGCGGAUUUCCGAAAUUAUUCGUAUACGCUGCCCUGCAUCAAGGGAAUGUAUAUACAUAUGGAAGAUAGACAGACAACGGUAAUGAUACCACGCAAUCGUCAAGAUGACGUUAUUAAAGCAAUAAAAAAUGCCAGCGAUCAUAUAUUGGCGUUUGGUGGAAAUUUUUCAAAAACUGCGGAUGGGCAUUUGGUAUGCAUGCAAAAUGUGAAUGAUAUGGGUACUGAAAUGUAUGCAUAUUCAACACAAGCUAUCAACAUACAAGGAAAACCGCGCAGAGUUACUGCCGCGAGUUUCUUUGUAUUGAAUGAGUCUUUGAAAAGCACGAGCGGGCUUUCUGGAAAAUGUAGCAUCGUUGAAGAUGGUUUGAUGGUACAAGUAUUGCCAAGUAAAAUGGAGGAAAUACGUAAUUCGCUGCAAAAUCAAAAAGAUGUUGAAAUAAUAUGCGGUCCGGUGGAUGCCAACGAUCAACAAACUGAGGUUGUGAGCAUAAAAUGGGUGGAUAAUGAUCGCGACUUUAAUGUUGGCGUGAAAUCACCUAUCGAUGAAAAAUCUAUGGAAGGUAUAUGCAGUAUGCGCGUACAUGAUAGUUUUAACUAUUCGAAUGCUAAUUACGCUAUACGGCUCACAGACAUUUAUAUACUUAAGUAUGACGAGUGGUAUGCCUCUGCACAGUCUGCUGUAGCAGCCACUUCUAUGGAUAUCACGCGCAUGGCGGGACAAAUUGCGCGUAGCGCUUGCGUUGCACUGGUACCCUUCCUUGAUUUAUUCGUCGCAAGUGGCAGUCGGAAGCUAGCUUUACGUGCAACAAUUCAUCAAGAAAAUGUCUGCUAUGAAGCUGGCACACGUGGCAAUAAACUUCCUCCGCUUUAUAUGAAUGCUUUGGAUGAUCAACUCAUACCGACACUUCAUGGCGAGUCGUCCGGCAUUGAGGAUGCAAUAAUUUUAGAGUUAGUUUUUUACAUUUUAAAUGUUUAGUCUAUUCUAAU